AAUUAUUCAACUUCAUCAGCAAUUGAUAAAGAAGUUUUUGAAGCUUUCUUACCAACUACUGAAGAAGAUGAGCAAUUCGAAAUAGAAAUUGAAUAUGAAAUUUUAAAACUAAACAAAAAUGAUUAUGAA